AUGACAAGUGGGGUUCAGUCUAACGCGACUUCUCCGACCGUUGACACGCAUUCAGCUCAACAACAACAGCAGUUCAACGCGAGUGUUAAGUUUUUUUUUUUCGGUGACCCAAGUUUAAGUGAAGUUGAAAUUAGUUAUAAGCUUCUUGCCAGACAGAUCGGUCCUCGGUAGGGUGUCCCCUUAAGUGUAAUUGCAAUUUCGUAACCUAAAGAGCUUGAUAUUUUUGGCCGGUUGAACCUUUCCGAGAUGUGGACCAAGAAUUUGCUGCUGGUGGCUUGCCUAUUUGUGUCUUCUAGCUAUGGACAGUCGAAGGUCCCCGUAAACAUCUACUACGAAUCGCUCUGCCCGGACAGUGCCAAGUUCAUCAACGAGCAGUUGUACCCGGUGGCCAAGCAGUUCCGCAGCAACUUGGACCUCAAGUUCAUUCCGUACGGCAAGUCCACCUACCGGACGCAGGGAUCGGAAGUGCAGUUCGAUUGCCACCAUGGUCCGAACGAGUGCUACGGCAAUAAGGUGCAUGCCUGUGCUCUGUACCACAUCCAGGGCAACUCGUAUCAACCGAACAACACCAAGGAAGCGCUGGUCCUGGAGUAUGUGAACUGUCUGAUGGAGCGGGCCCAGUUCAAGGAUGGCGUUUUUCCUGGCAAGGCUUGUGCCGAUGCCUUCGAGAUCCACAACUACGAAACGAUCGAAACAUGCGCCAACUCAACCGAGGGAAGCAGCUUGCUCAGAAACUAUGGAGAUGAAACGGAAAAGCUUCUGAAGGGUGGCCUCAAGAACGUUCCGACGAUUGCUUUCAAACAGACCUUCGACAGCGAUAACCAGAACCUGGCGAUCCAGAACUUCCGCGCUGCACUGUGCAAGAACCUGAACCCAUCGCCAGUCGAGUGCCGUAACAUCCCAGGAAGUGCCCCAGUUCCGAUGGUUUCCUCGAUCGGAUUGGUCGGCCUUGUGAUGACUGUGAUUGUAACACGUUUGUUCUAGAACGUCUCAGCACCUACAUACAUACCCAUAUUUCGUAUUGUGUGUUACUUACUUAAACACUUGUUAAGCUCAUCUUGUGUGGCGAAGCCUAAGAGGAUCGCAUUUUAUCGAAAAGUAUGACGAAAAAAGUCGAAUGAAAAUCAUUCCGUCCGCGUGGUGCAUUUUAAUCCGAAGACUUGGAGCACUGUAACUGUAACUGUUGAAAAUCCGUCCCGAUAAAUUGAUAUCGUUUUAGAUUUAAAAAAAAGUGAAAAAUUCGAUGUAAGUAUAAAAAAUCUCUAUGUACAUCAACAUGUUGGAAAUAAACAAAAGUAAAGAUAAA